AUGGCUACCCCCAGUGUUCUCGCUUUUGACGCUGAGGGUCGGGCCAUUGACUUUGAGGUCUGGGUAGAUGACUUGCAGCUUUUCCUACAGGGCGAUAGGGCAGACGGUCUCUCCCUCUUUGACCUCACCUCUGGCGCCUCCCCUGCCCCUGCUGCUGACGCUGACGCCACUGUUCGUUCCCAGUGGGCCACGCGCGAUGCUGCUGCACGUCUUGCUGUGCGUCGCCACCUGCCUACCACUGAGCAUGCGCACUUUAGUCAGUACAAGAGUGCUCAGACCUUGUACGACGCUGUAGUUGCGCGCUACUUCUCCCCUGCCACUGCUGCACUGAGCCGUCUCAUGCGACCGUACCUCUUCCCUAACCUUACUGCCUUUCCCACAGUCGCUGACCUCAUUACGCACCUCCGCACUAGUGACUAUCGCUACCGCCCUGCACUUCCUGCUGACUCGGUCGGUGCGGCGUCUGCCCCUAGCGGGAGACGCCGCUCUGGCAAGGGCAAGGGGGGCAGGGGCACUGGAGGGGCAAGCGGGGGCGGUGGAGGUGGAGGUGGAGGCGGCGGAGGGAGUGGGGGUGGUGGUGGGAGUGGUGGUGGGGGUGGAGGUGUCGGUGGCGGCAGUGGAGGCGUAGGCGGCGGCGGCGGUGGCGGUGGGAGCGGAGGUGGCGGAGGUGGCGGCGGUGGAGGAGCCGGCGGAGGCGGCGGUAGUAGCGGAGGCGGCGGAGCGGCGGAGGCGGCGGGGGUGGCAGUGAAGCUGGUCACGGGUCUACGCAGAGGAGUGGCUCCGGUGGUGGUCCGCGCCUGCAGCAGCAGCACGGUCUGUGGGGGUGCGCACCCCACCCAGCGCUGCUUUGGCCGCCUGACGGACGCGUCACGUCACCAGUUCCCGGAGGCCACAGAGAUCCCUCGCUGGGGCGAGCUGUCUAGGGCGGGCGUUGCCAUCUAUGAUCUUGAUUUUGAUGCUAUCCUUUCUGCCAUGUAUGCUGUGUCUAUUAGUGAUGAGGGUGACUGUUACCGGUGUUUCCCGCCCGAUCCGGGCAUUGAGACUGCUGCUCUAGGUACUGGUGAGGCGGCUGCCCUAGGUGCUUGCGACGUUGCUGCUCUAGGUGCUAGUGCGUCUGCGUCCUCAGGUACUAGUGAGUCUGCGCUCUCAGGUUCUACGUCGGCUUCGACCUCCCUCACCUUCACCCUUGACUCUGGGGCUUCUCGCUCCUUCUUUCGGGACCGCACCACACUCACGCCGCUUAGUCGGCCGGUUGUGGUGUCUCUGGCUGACCCCUCUGGGGGUCCUGUCCUGUCUCACUUCUCCACAGUUCUCCCGUGUCCGGCGGCUCCCUCUGGCACCCUGUCUGGUCUUUACCUCCCCUCGUUCUCUACGAACCUGGUGAGUGGUGCUGACCUACAGGAUGGGGGAGUACACCAGUUCACUCCCGCGCGUCAGCGAGUGACGCACUGCACAGAGGCUAGCACAGGCCGACACCUGGCUACGUUUACCCGUCGGCCGGGGUCGAGCCUUUACACACUGACCACUCCGUCUCCUCCGGUUGUUGAGUCUCGUAGGGUCACUGUGUCGGGUCAGGUGCUUGCUGCAGCGUCCAGGUCUGGUCUUGAGUCUGCCCCCUAUUCGUGUCGUCUCCUGUGUCACGAGACUCUCCUCUGGCACCACCGCCUUGGUCACCCCUCUCUGCUUCGGCUCAGAAGCAUGGCCUCCCGUCUCCUUGUUUCUGGUCUCCCUCGGCCCCUCCCUCCCCUUCCUCAGGGCCCUAGCUCUACCUGUGUCCCCUGUGUCGAGGGGCGCCAGCGGGCUGCCCCUCACUCCUCCCAGUUUCCUCCGACAGAGGCCCCGUUGCAGACGCUUCAAAUGGACGUGUGGGGCCCAGCCCGCGUCCGUGGACAGGGUCACGAGCGCUACUUCCUGCUUGUUGUUGACGACUACCCGCGUUACACCACAGUCUUCCCCUUGCGCAGCAAGGGUGAUGUCACUGAGGUGCUGAUCGACUGGAUCCGCACAGCUCGUCUCCAGCUCAGGCAGGGCUUUGGCUCGGACUUUCCUGUUCUGCGUCUGCACUCUGACAAAGGCGGAGAGUUUUCUUCUGGCCUUCUGAGAGCCUACUGUCGCGCACGAGGAAUCCGUCAGACCUUCACGCUUCCGGACUCCCCGCAGCAAAAUGGGAUUGCUGAGCGCCGCAUUGGCAUGGCAUGUACGUCGCUCGUACGUCUAUGA